AUGGCGAACGCAAAGGAACAGAGCAUCCCGCCUAUCGCCCCGACCAGGCUGAGACAAAUCGCUCUCAUCGCAGAAGACUAUGAUCGGGCUCGAGAUCUGUUGACCAGGGUUCUGGACACGGAAGUCGUAUUCGUGGAUCCGCAGGUGGCUCAAUGGGGUCUGAAGAACUUUCUAGUGGCCAUUGGAGGUGACAUGAUUGAAGUGUGCUCUCCGUUCAAACCCAAUACGACGGUGGGGAGACUACUCGAGAAACGCGGCGACGGUGGGUACAUGAUCAUCAUGCAGACAUUGGACGCUGCGUCGAGGCGGAAAUACAUCGAGUCGAGGAACCUGGCCAGAGUCAUCUUCCACCACUCGCACGGAGAUGUCGAGUGUGUCCAGUAUCAUCCAAAGGGGAUUGCCGACUGCAUGCGGCAAAAAGGUGGGAUGAUGCCGGAAUUGGAUUCCCAUACCCCAUCGGCCACGAACUCAACCCCGCUGGAGAGCCCCUUUAGUCCCUGGCACGCCUGCGGAUCGGACUACCCAAAGUACUCGGUCGGGAUGAGGCGUCGCGCACACCUGAAGCUGGUCAGGGCAGUUCUCCGCUUAGCGCCCGGUCAAACCGACGUCCACGCCGCCGCUCAGCAAUGGCAGGACUAUUUUGGGGUGGAGAGACGGGGGAGUGAGCUGGUCUUCACAAACGCCCGCCUAAGUUUCGUGCCGGGAGUGGAGGGGUCGCCCGAGGGGUUGGAGAGCAUCACGAUUGCAGUCCAGGGCAAGGAGAGGCUCGACAAGAUGUUGCGAGUGGUGAGCGACGAGGGUCUUUGUGGGGAUGGAUGGACGAAUAUGCUGGGCGUCAAAUGGUGCUUUGAGCUCCAGGGUGAAGAGAAUGAUCAAGCAAAGGGACGCGAGAGCAGACUGCUACCGGAACUGGCCGAGUUCUAUCUAUUGGAAGCUAAGCGACUGACUCAGAUGGUGGUUGGCAUCGAUUGCGACUCCUUUCGAACAAAGAGAGUGACUCUACACACUUGGAGAUGCGGCAAUGAAGAUCAUAGUGAUACCAACAGUGGUCUCAUUGAAUACUCUCAGGAACUUCGAUCGGAAAAUGGUGUGCGCGUCUCGGGUCCUCCCUUGAGAAUAUCAGUGUCCGACAUAGUGCCUCUUGAGCAUGUGCCGCUCUCACUGCACAACGCGACCGUUGACUUCUCGGUUGACGAGCUGUGCGGGAUUUUGGAGACGGCGGAAGAGCAACAGACAUUGGUGAAAGCUGCCGAUGGCGAGGAUGGACAUCAACGAGCCAACACGAAAUGA